AUGCCUAGCGACCAGGGCCGACAUUCCUCAGACCAUUCUUCCGGCUGGGUGUCGUACAGCAGCAGCUCUUCUUGCAGUGUCGGUGAUGGAGUUAGUUCCAACAUCAGCCUGCUGUCGACAUUGAAGCGGAAUUCCUGGUUGACGUCAUCCCCACUCUUCCGCCGAGGGACGACUUUUUGGCGUGUACAGCGUAAAGACAAUCAAAUUGGUCAUGAUUUGAACAGCGUCAAUCGUGCUCCUCGGCUUGCAACAGCUAGAGCUAUCCCCGGUACUAGAGCUGGGGCCGGAGCCAGUUUGUCUGGGGAGCCUGAGUCGGAAGAGCCUGAAUCUGAACCUCAACCUGAAUUGGAGUCCGGGGCUGUCCGGCACUUGUCACAAACUUUUGCUUUUGCCCAGCGCAGCCAAUUGAGCACUACCACUACUGCAACCACCCAAACCCACACUCUCGCUCCUCAUUCUGAUCGACACCCUCGACACGAAAAUCCACGCGAUUCACCCUCCCUCCCAAAUAGAACACCAGAUAUCGAUCAUGGCGACUCUCACAAGACAUCGCGGAUUUAUGUUGUGCCUCCUCUUCCUCCUCCUCCUACGUUGACCUAUUACCCGCCGCUCCCUCAUGCUCAUGCCUGGUCCCAAAUCGCGAGAAUGGAUCCUAACAACCCGACUCAAAGUCCCAAUCUGGCUGAUCUCCUCACCAGCCUAUCGAGCCAUGAAGAUGCCAGUCGCAAGAUGGCAGCCUUCAAACUGCAGUCACUCAUCAACGACCCAUCAUUCGCCGAACAUUUUGUUCUUGCGGGCGGUCUCCCCCGGCUGCGAUCCCUGAUUCUCGAAAGCAAUGGAAACACCCUGGCAUACAGUCUUGCGAGCUUCGCGAGAUUAUUGGAAGUCGAUCAAGGUUGGGAGGCGGUCAAUGACCAGGUGGUUGAAAAGGCAUGUGUCGUGGAACUUGUCGUCUGUCAACCUUUGGUCAACAUUCUCCGAGGCGCUAUGGCAAUGCUGGUUUCCAUUGUCUCACGACCAUACCACGCCGAUCGAACAUCCCAACUCAAUACCACCGAUAAUGCUGGCGGAUUUCAGGCCCUCAAACCUGCCAUCGCCGUCUACCCACAGUUUCUCGAAAUGCUGGUGACGAGAUUGUCUUCGGCAGACCAUGCCUUGUGCGCAAAUGCAUUACAGUUGAUCAAUUCUCUCAUGCGCGACGCGAUCACAAACGACAAUGAAACGGAAUGGCCCAAAUUCAUCAAACGGAUACAAGACCUCGGCGUGAUCAAGGCGGUUUACGUGCUGAUGCAAAGUUCUGCGUUGCAAGAUCUAGCACAUCCUCUGUUGGAGUUUCAGGCAUUGACCAAAGUUCUACUCAGACGGUGGAGAGAUGUGCCAGUUGACCUGGUGAAACCUGAACAUCGACGCACCAUCAAAGCCGUUCAUCUCUCGAGCAAUCCCGAGAAGCAACCUGAGGACGAGGUUCGGAACGGGGAGUCCAAGCCCAAACAUAACCCUUACAAAUGGAGACGACUCGGAUUCACCACCGAAAAUCCGGAACCAGAUUUCACGAACAUGGGGUUUCUGGGUAUGAUGGAUCUUUCAGAUUAUGUGCGCAAGCAUCAAGAUGAAUUUCAGAACAUCCUCCUCGAACAGUCAGUCGCGCCGGAAGAAAAGCGAUGCCCACUGGCUCAAGCCAGCCUCACGGUAACGGCAAUUUUAUUUGAGCAUUUUGAGGUGGACAAGAUGGAUUUGGAAGACUCCAAAGGUUAUCUAGCUCUUGAAAGUCGGACCAAUUUUGACAAGGUUUUCAGGCCCCUGUUGUUGCACUGGAGCCGACUUCACGUGGCGGGAUUACACGCAUUUUUCAGACUCUGGAAAGCAACCGGCGCCGAAACCAGUGACUUCUCCAAGAUCGUCGAGCUGGUCCGGAUCUUGAUUGAGAGCGUGGUUGGCGGCGCAGAUCGCACCAAAGGAAUUGAGGAGAUUGAGAAGGAAAUGGCCGCGUUUGAAUACGGCAAACUUCGUGAACUCCAAAUGGAACUUCUGGAAUUGACGUACGAAGACGUCUGGGGUCAGCACCUGCGCGGCGUAAAAGAGGAAUUGCAGGGCGAAGCGUUGCAAUUUGUCAAAGAGCAGAGAAUCCGAUGUUUGCUCGCGGGAGCGUGGUUUCCCAACGGCCUGACGUAUUCCGACCAAGAAGCCGGUGGUCCGGUCACAGAGAACUCCCUCUUGCACAAUUCUGCGACCAGCUAUCGGUUCAUCAGGUUGUCGGAAAAUCGGAAAUACUUGCAUUGGGGGGAUUUCGACGAAAAGGAGGAGCAGACACCACCCAUUUCGAAUCUGAAAAACAAGAUUGACUUGUCGAUUGUCUCUUCCGUGGUUUCCAAUGUGACGGCAAAUGACCGGUCAUCGAUCGGAUCGGAUUCGACGUUGAAGGAAUUACCACACGACAAGUUCACCACGACCAAGAUCACCAUUCACGGAUAUCUGCCCAAAUCGCGCAGUAGCCGAGAAGGACAUUCUCGAACGUCUUCCAAAACCUCAUCGGCCCGAAGCGCGUCCAAAGAGUCGGUCUUGCUGACCUUCCAACCCCACAGUCACAGGACUGCUUCAGAAUGGCUCGAUGGUCUUUUGAUGCUUCUGGAUCAACAGCCGAUUACGGCUGACACCAACCGAUUGAUCAACACGAUUAGUGAUUAUGGACUGAAGGUGCGGCUAUUGAAUGUGAGAUUCAAUGACGAAGAAGGAAUUGUGGAAGGGAUGGACGGGAUGGAUGGACCUGAGAUUCCCAGCCGAGAAGGAUUAGAUGACGACUACUACUAUGAGAUCUGA